AUGCCACUGACCCAACAACGAUCUGGCCCAGAGCAGCAACCUCUUUCAAACAAUCCCGAUGCACUUCCUCAUCAUCCUGUGCCUGUGCGGCCCGGCCUCAUGGCGCAAGGCGGUUCGCAACCCGCAAAGCCACCUCCCGUUAGAAACCACAACGAAUCUACCAGCUCCGACCCUUCUCAUCAACGGCAAGCGUCUAAUCACUUUGCACAGCCAGUCACUCACGCCGAGCUCGAUAGACUCCGCGCUUAUGUUGAUGCCAAUCCAAAUAAUCCGAAGCAAACGCUCAUCUAUAUCAAGAAGCUGGUCGAAGCAGCCUCUGUGCUGGCAUCAGAUGGCGGUCGUGCUGAUCCCAAAACUACCGCGAAGAAUCGCGAGAAGUGGAUCAUGGAAGCACUUAAACGACUGAAGCGGAUAGUCAAUUCUGGAUAUCCUGAAGCACAAUUCUAUCUUGCAGACUGCUACGGCCAAGGUAUGCUCGGUCUCGAGGUGGACACGAAAGAGGCGUUCAAGUUGUAUCAAGCAGCUGCCAAAGCUGGUCAUCCUCAAGCAGCAUAUCGAACCGCAGUGUGUUGUGAGAUGGGUCCCGAAGAAGGAGGCGGCACAAGCAGGGACCUUGCCAAAGCAGUGCAAUGGUAUCGCCGUGCUGCUACUUUGGGAGACGGUCCUGCCAUGUACAAGAUUGGCGCUGUGCUGCUCAAAGGACUUCUUGGGCAGCAACGAAACGUCACCGAAGCUAUAAUCUGGUUGAAGCGUGGCGCGGAGCACGCAGAUGCAGACAAUCCUCAUGCUCUUCACGAGCUCGCCGGUCUCUACGAGUCGUCAAAUACUAAUCCCGAAAUCCGUAAUAAGGUCGUUGCGGAUGACGCUUAUGCUCGCGACCUCUUCAUGAAAGCUGCUGGGCUUGGAUACAAGUUCAGUCAAUUCCGCCUCGGCCAAGCGUACGAGUAUGGCAAUCUGGGACUGCCGAUCGAUAACCGUUCCAGCAUCGCAUGGUAUACCAAAGCUGCAGCUCAAGGUGAACACCAAGCUGAGCUUGCAUUAUCUGGAUGGUAUCUCACCGGUGCUGAGGGAAUAUUGGAACACAGCGACACCGAGGCCUAUCUAUGGGCCAGGAAAGCCGCCAGCUCGGAGCCUCCUCUUGCCAAGGCAAUGUUUGCUAUGGGCUACUUUACCGAGAAUGGCAUCGGCUGUCCUCCGAGCAUGGAUGAGGCGAGGAAGUGGUAUGGUAGAGCUGCUUCCUACAAAUUCCCCAAAGCUGUCGAGCGACUUGAAGAGCUGAAGAGAAAUGGUGGCAAGAAUCGAUCUGCGCCGCAGAGUGGGAAACUGACACGCAAAGAUCAGAAACACAAUGAGGAGAAUUGUGUGGUCAUGUAAAUCGGUAAAGAGUGAGGAAAUGCGUGAUAUGAUUGAUGAGAGGACGAGACUCACGGUUUGAGAAGAGAAGAGCGGUGGCGUUGGACUUGGAAUGAGCUGUACUGAUACCACUCGGUUGAAUAAUAAUAUAGGGGAAACAUAAAUUCAGGAAGCUUGAAGUGUCGUG